CUUUCACCCCCGGGGAAAGACCUUCACUCACUUACACAUUAAUUCUCUCUUCGACUUCCACCUUUUCAAUCCUGCAUAUCACUUACAACUCAACGAGUCAUCUACCAUCCAUACUUCCCAAACUCAUCACGACAAUCUUGAAUUUUUUUUUUAAGUUCAGAAAUUUACAUCUAAACAUCACAACCAAAACCAUGUCCCUCGAAGCCGAAGAAACCCUCGAGUCUGGCCUUCUAGGCAUCGGUCUAGGCUCCGACUCCGAAGACGAGUCAACCACGAACACCAUCUCUAAUACCAAAACCGAAGUCGUAGCCGAGUGCGCAGCACCAGCCACAAAAGCAGACAGGACAGCCCUUUCGGAGGAAGCCUUCCAGGAACUCAAAAAGACUUAUCGCGUCAAGGUUGAAAACGGCGAGUUCCACCGUCAUCUCCAAUUCCCCCUCGGCUCCACCGCCGCAGACGGAAGAACCAGAACCAUCAACAAGCCCGAAGCGCAAGAGAUUUUGCACGCAGUGGAGGAACUCUACUUCUUUCGGAGGUACGAGGAGGCAGUGGCGCUACUGAGAAAGGUAUGGGAGGAUGCGGGAGACAGUCUCUUUGAUCGGGAUACGACGGGGUUGUUGAGGUUGUAUGAGACGAGGUGUGGGGAGAGGUUGAGGGUGAAUGGGCAGUAAGAAUUGGGAGAGGGAGAAAAAAGGAAGGGGAGGGGAGAAUGGGGGAAGAGAUGAAUGGGUUGGUGGAAUUAAUGAUACCCUUUUAUUUUUACGUGCGUUGGUGAUUACUUUGAUUGAUUGAUGUAAUGCAGUGCAGCGUUGGUAGGUUGGGUUGGUUUGGUUGGAGGUUCACAUGAGAUGGUAGUUCGUUCAGUUUGGUGUGAGCGCGAGGUUGGACAAGCAAGCAUUAUUUCAGCAUGAGUUCAUCGCGAUGGGCUUUCAAAAUACGAACGGCAGUCACGGAUAGCGCCC